CUCGAACAAUACAACACACGUGUGAGAGCUGAAGCCGCCAACCCAAUCCAAUCCAAGCCGAGCCGAAUUGUUUUUGUGACUGAUACCAAAAAUAACGGUUUGAAGAAGAAAUCGCAGUCGUCCGAUUCUCUCUCUUCGCCAAUUCUGUGUUGGGUGUCUUCUCUUUCUCUCAACGCAGCGCUUUCUCUCAUUACAUUAUCAUCAUCAUCAUCAUCGUCAUCGCACUCUUUGUUUCAAGAUUAAGCUUUUUCACUCGGAAGGUGCUGAAUUAACUAUUUUACAGGUGCUUUGCAGGUUGUAUAUGGAUGAAAGAUGUUUGUUAGAAAUGAGGAAGAUAUUGUUUUUCUUCAUAUUCAUAUAAUGCUCUGUUGAAACAUUAUUCCCUUGUGUCAAUAAUGGCUGCCGAUCAGAAGAGGAAACGAGUAAAUGGGGCAAGCAUUGUCGGGUAUGGUUCUAGAGAGCAACACAGGACCAAAAGAAAGAAUCCGGGUUUAGUUCCAAAUGACAUGAGAUCCCACAUCUCUGUUGAAUGGGAUAGAAACCAGAAAAUAGUUGUUGCCAAGCGUGAACAAAUUGGUAUUAGUUGGAGACAAAUGAAACCAUUUGUCAAUUAUGUUUCUAAUGAUCAUAAAGUCUUGGCAGAUGUGUUUACAGUGCCCCAAGAAAUUUUUGACUUGGAUAAUUUAAGUGAAGUGCUUUCAUAUGAGGUUUGGAAGACUCAUCUUUCAGAAAAUGAGAGAAGCCUUCUUAUGAGUUUCCUCCCUAAGGGCAUAGAGCCACAUCAAGCCGUGGAAGAUUUGCUAGCUGGGAUUGAAUUUGACUUUGGAAAUCCCUUUUUGAAUUGGGGUGCUUCACUUUGCUCCGGUGAUCUUCAUCCAGAUAGAACUGUUGACCGGGAACAACAUCUGAAGUCUGAGAAGAGAGCUUACUACAAACAGUUACAUAAUUAUCACAAUGAUAUGAUAGGAUUUCUAUCUAAGUUGAAGGAGAGGUGGCAAAGUUGCAGAGAUCCAGAAAAGGAAAUUUUGCAGAAGAUGUGGAGGCCAAAACAUGUUCCGAAAAGAAUGCCUUCAAAUGUGAAUGAAUCUAGAGUUAAUGAUCUUGAUGGGAAUGUCACAGUGACAUCUGAGUCGUGUUCCUGGGAUACAGAGGAGAAAGCAUGUAACAGUGAAUACCUAAUUUCUUCAUCGAGAAAGGAUAAUAAACUUCAGAGAAAGGUUCUUGAAAAAGGCAUUGUGAAAGGUAAAUCCAGAAAUUCUAUGUUUCCUUCAGAUGGCAUACACAUUAAGGGAGAAAAGCCCAAGAAAGAAGACAAAAUUCUCAAGCGUAACAUUCAUUUUAUUGAUGGCGACAAAUACAUGUCAUGUAUCAAGAUUAGUAAGCAGCAGCAUGAACUUGUUAAAAGUAUGCAGCAGUCUGGUACAAGCAUCCAAUCUAAGUCUCUUAACCAUGUUUUGGGCAACCUCAUUGACAUUCAUGUGCAGCCAUACAAAGUAUUUGUCAAAGAGGAACAGAAGAAGUUGCAUGAGCAUUGGUUGCAAUUGGUGAUCAAAGACCUCCCUGUGGCAUAUGCAAACAGGAUGCAGAAACAGGUGCAAAGAGAUGCAAUGAGGAAUUCUUUGGUGGAGGAGAUGAAGGACAAAUCAACUCCAAUCUUUGAGGAAGAGGAUAAUUUGAGCUUGGGGAGGGAACUUCAGGAUCAGGACGAGCCCAUGAGCUUGGGGGAUGAACCUGGGGAUCAAGAUGAGGAUAAUAUAAGCCCUGUAGAGGAUCAGAAUGAAGAUGUGAGUUCAGGAGAAAAUCUUCAGGAUCAAAGCGAGGAUAGUACAAGCCCGGUAGAGGAUCAGAAUGAAGAUGUGAGCUCAGGGAGUGAACUUCAGGAUCAAGAUGAGGAUAAUGUCAGCCCAGUUGAGGAUCAGAAUGAAGAUGUGAGUUCCGGGGGUGAACUUCAGGAGCAAGAUGAGGAUAACAUGAGCUCAGGAGAUGAGCUUCUAAAUGUGGUGGAGGAUGGAAGAGAUCUAAAUGAUCAGUCUAGCAUGAAACAUUAUGAGGAUUCUCUCGUUAACGCCCCAGAGAUCCGGUCCUCACAUAAUUCUUACUCUAGUUGUAAUGAUGAUUUCAAUCAAGUGAGUGUGGAUUCAGAAAAGAAUAUUGUUUUAUCAAAAUCAGAUGAUACUUCACCAAAUAAAGACGAGUAUCCAAGGAAUACAAACGCUUGUGAUGUUUCUACUGAUGAAGGAGCGCCUUUCACUUCUGGAAGUGAUGUCUGGCAAACUGUUGAAAUGGCACCACAUUCAUACUAUGACUCUGCUGUGACAAACAAGUACACAGCUAAUGAGUUAUCACUGACUAACCCUCAAGUCAACGAAGAUCAAAGAACCCAUGUAAUUGAUCUUGAAGCUGAUUUGCAUCAAGAAGAGACAGGUAAAGAGUUGUUACAUGGGCAUUUGGACAAUGGGACCUCCUUCAGUUCUUACGAAAGCCAGAAUCGAGGUGCUUUAAUUCACUCUCUCUUCAAUGGAGAGGGGCUGUUACCAUACCAUCAUGAACAAAAAGGAGCCCCGUUGGAUUUUCAUACUUCAAACAACAUUAUAAUGGGAGAUGGCCAAUGUUCCGGUCAUUUCAAGGAGCCCUUGCAAAUGUCGCUGACAUUGGACCCAGUGCAGAGGAGAGCUACCGAGGUUUACAUGCCAGAAAGUAUGUCGGAGAAUAUUCAUACCAUUGCAGGAGGAAGGUACUUAAUCCCCAGGCAAGAUCCAUUCAUCCCCAGGCAAGAUUCGUUGGCUGUAGCAAAUGUAACUGAUUGGGCUGCUAAUACUGCUUCCAUGGCAGCGCCAUGCCAAUCUCACCUAAAUACGGGUAAUUUUAUUGGUCAUCAUUGGCCCCCGGCUAAUCACCACAUUGGUGGUGGCUGGAAUGGAUCAGAUGGCAGCAGUCUUUCAAGUCAAAGUGUCGGCACUGGAUCAAACUCUGAUCAGAGCUUAUUUAGUAUGCUAUCACAUUGUAACCAAUUACGGCCCAGUAGCUCUUAUGAUUCCGUCAGAAACCCCGACCAGUUUCUUGCUCCAAGAACUUAUGGAGUAGACGCAAGCAUUACCAGGGUGAAUCCGGCUGCUUUACCACAGGCUUCCCAUCCACUAGAUUACUUCACCGCACGGGAAGCUUCACCUAGUGUAAUGGUGCCUGAUGACAUGACAUGGAUGAAUCUGCAACAUCCGAAUUCUGCAUUACAUGAUCCAAUGGGAAAGCCAUAUUUAAGGUCAUGGCACCGGUAAUGGAGGUUUUACCUCAGGAGAUAGCAUUUUAUGAGUUAAGCAAGAUCCUUAGAAGCUGGUUAUACAUACCCUUAGAUGAGAAGGUUUCUGUACAUAUACCUAUACCAACGACAAACACCAUGUAUAUAACCAUCUAGAUAUUUGAUGGGAAGGAAAGAAGCCAAGUGAAGGGGGUUAAGAUAAGCUUCAAGAAUUUCAGGUUGUUAGUCAAGUUAUUUAUCUAGACAAUUUGUUAUUUUUUAUUUAUUUUCCCAUGUUUCUAGAGAGACAUUCUUUAAUAAUUUUGGAAGUUAAGAAAUUCUGGAGGCUGGUUCCUCUACUUUGAGUUA